UUUGUGUUUACGAGUUACUCUGGCGUUGUAACGCGGCUUUAAUAGUUUUACGCUAGUUAAAGCGCUGAAUUUGAUGGCUGUAAUGUGGAAGAAUGGAAUGGAGAUACUUCACUUGUGCUGGUGUUUUGAUUGAAGGCAGGAAGCUUUCCUCUUGUGAAGGGUUGACAGAUCAGUUUUGAACGAGACAGGUCUCCUCGCCAUCAUGAAGUUGAACGAGAGAAGUGUGGCACAUUACGCCACGUGCAACUCUCCUCCAGACAAGACGGGCUUCCUCUUUAAGAAAGGGGAACGGAACACAUCAUACCACCGUCGCUGGUUCAUUCUUAAGGGCAACAUGCUCUUCUAUUUCGAGGAGAAGGAAAGUCGAGAGCCGAUCGGGGUAAUCGUCCUCGAGGGGUGUACGGUGGAGCUCUGCGAGUCUGAAUCUGAAGAGUUCGCCUUUGCCAUUAAAUUUGACUGCUUCAAAGCAAGAGUGUAUAAGAUGGCUGCAGAGAGCCAGGCUGCUAUGGAGUCAUGGGUCAAAGCACUAUCACGGGCGAGUUUCGACUACAUGCGGCUGGUCGUGAAGGAGUUGGAGAGGCAACUGGAGGAGGUACAAGGAGCAAGAUCUUCACAGGGGAAAAACAAGGCAAAGAAACACCCGCCACAAGUGCAGGGAAGAAGAGCAACAGGUUUCCGAACUGCCACCCCAUCAAGUCAGAACGUUGCCAUAACGGGGCCUUCACAGCUUCAUGGACAAACAGAAGAGGAGUUGUCCACUUUAGGGAGUUCUUGUAGGGAAAAUGAGGCAUCUUGGAGCAAGCCCGCCAGUGUGGCUAACGGUGUCAGCGAGGGUUGCGUCUGGGUUGGGGACUGCAGUGGGAGGGGCGAUGGAGUCAGACCACCUCCAGUUCCUCCUCGGAGGAAGGCCAGCGGCGGGUCACAGGAGAGCCCCGUUUCACCCGGCACAGGGUGUUUCUCCAAACUACACGACUGGUAUGGGAAAGAGGUGGCUGAACUUCGAAUAGAGUGGCUUCAGAGUCAGUAAAGCCGCCAAGCCUUGAAUGUGCCAGAGGGGAAGGUGGAUGGGAGCAUCUGCUAGAGACUCGACCCAAAAUAUUCAUCCCCACACAUAAUGUUGGGUUACAGUGUUUGGUGCAAUCUCAGUUGAGAGCUUUCUCUGACUUUCAAAUUAGAUUGGUACUCUUUUGUUAGUAGGAGAGCAGAGAUAGUAGGCCAAAUAAAUCUAUAAACUGAGAGAGAUUGAUGCAUCAGAAUGUUAAACACUUGUUGGACAGCUUGUUUUUAGACAAUUGAAACAAGACCAAGACAUUUCUUUAAAGGAGUAGUUCACACAAAAAUGAAAAUUAUGUCAUUUACUCAUCCUCAUGUCAUUCCAAACCCAAAUGACUUUCUCUCUUUUGUGGAACACAAGGAGAUAUUUUGCAGAAUGUUUUUCCCUCCAUACAAUAAAAGUGAAUGAAAAGCACCAUAAUAUUAGAUAGGGGUGUAAUGGUACAUAGAAGUCACGGUUGGGUACGUACCUUGGUUUUGGGGUCACGGUUCGAUACGAGUUCGGUACAACAGGAAAAAGCAACAAAUCCCAAAUGCUAGGUUUCUUUUCAUUUAUUUUGAACAGACAGUAGUGCAAAUUACAGUUUGUUCCACUUAACGGCAUUUAGUCCCCCCUGAGGUAGUUGGUACAGUACAGCCUCCUUUAGUGUAUUAAGCACUAAGCAGUAAACAGAAUGCACUCUUGCAUAGGCCAUAUUUUUUUGUAGGGUUGAUAAAAAAACAAAAGGUAUUUGGUCACAAUCAGCUACAAAACUGAAAAGCAUCUCUUGUGUUAUAAAAGUACAAAAUAAAUAGAAUAAUGAAAAAUAAAACUUGUGCAUUAGGAGAAGCCAUUCUUGUUUUGGGUUGGUGCAUGGAUGGUCUCUUCUACUUUUUUUUUUUUUUUUUUUUUUUUCCCUGUUGUGGCCUUUAGCAAACAGUGUUGCAUUACUGCGCGCGCCCCCUUCUGGAUUGGAGUGGAUCGCCUGUGACUGACUCGGAUGUAUUCUUCGUGUUCCACAAAAGAAGGAAAGUCACAUGGGUUCGAAACAACAUGAAGGUGAGUAAAUGAUGACAGAAUUAUUCUUUUAAGCCUUGCACUUAACUUCAUCUUGAGACUUUCCUAGAACCUCAUGUUGAAGUGUCAUUAUUUUACUUGCCAUUUCUGUUUCAUUUUAUUUGAUGUUUUAAAUGAAGGUCUUCCAUUACAAUAUUGGAAAUUUCCUUUUUGGUCUUGGUAAAAAGAAAAGCGGUACAACAUCCAUGUUUUCGUUAUCAAAAAUACCAUGAAUGUUAUGUUAAAGGUACAUUACGGAUUCAAUACAAGUUAAGCUCAAUGGACAAUAUUUGUGGCAUUAAUAUCGAUUACCACAAAAAGUAAUUUCUACUUAUUCCUUUUCUUUAAAAAAAGCAGAAAUCUGUGUUCCAGUGAGGCAUUUACAUUGGAAGUGCAUGGGGCCAAUCCGUAAAUGUUAAAAUACUCACUGUGUCAAAAGUAUAGCCACAAAACAAAUAAUAUGCAUGUUAACAUGAUUUUAGUGUUAUAAAAUCGCCAACUAACCUUUUCAACUUCAUUGCCUGGAACAGUAGUCUGCUGCAAGAACGACAAUUUAAACAACUUUACAUCUCAAAUAAUACACAAGUUUUAACAGAAGAAUUAAUCUAAGUGCUUUUAUAAAAUAAUAAGCUUAAUAUUUAUGCCUUUAAACCCUCUCAAAUUUGGCCCCAUUCACUUCCAUUGCAAGUGUCUCACUGGAACCUAGAUUUUUAUUUUAAAGGCAAAAUUCAUUUUUGUGGUAAUAAGCAUCAUGCAUCAAAUGCUGAGCUUCACUUUAUUGAACCCGGAAUAUUCCUUUAAGAUGCCAGAGCUGGUCUGUGGCAAAUGUAAUAAUUUUAACAUUAUUAAAAAACAAUAUUUUGAAUAACAGCACAAAAUGUUAAACCUAUUACAAGAAUAAUACAAUUAUGUUAUGCAAAUGUCUUUUGUCAAAAGUUAGUGCUCUGUGAGGAGAUUUUAAAUGAAACCUGCCAAUUCAUAAAUGCCAUGAUUAUUUUCAGGGAUGCAAACUACUCGCCUUUUCUAAGAUAAUUUGCCUGUAUUUUAGGUAAAAUUUUCUACAUUUUACUUUUAAAAACAACUUGAGAGGGGUACUUUAGGAUUAAACAACAAACAAAUAAACUGUAAUAUACCGGUGAAACAACUGCUAUGACUUUAUCUCUUUUUCUUUUUUUUUUGUUUAUCUCUCAUGAGUUUGUAAUAUUGUCUUAGACAAUGGACCAAACUAGCCAGUUCAUAAUUUAUCUUUGGGGGAUCAUGCCAAGACAUAUGGAAGCUGUGAUUGAAAAUCAGGGUUAUUCCAGCAAAUAUUGAUUUCUGAACUCUUCCUAAGUUAAAACAUUAGUAUCGUGUUGUUUAAAAACGAACAUGAACUUGUUUUCUUUGCAUUAUUCACGGUCUGAAAUCUUUUUUGUUAUUUUGACCAGUUGUCAUUUUCUGCAAAUAUAUGCUCUAAAUGACAAUAAUUUUAUUUGGAAUUUGGGAGAAAUGUUGUCAGUACUUUAUAGAAAAAACUAAACAUUUUCAUUUUACUCGAACACAUACCUAUAAAUAGUAAAUCCAGAGAAACUGAUCUCUUAAUUGUUUCCAGAGCUAUAUAUAUAUAUAUAUAUAUAUAUAUAUAUAUAUAUAUAUAUAUAUAUAUAUAUAUAAUUUUUGUGUAUAUAUUUUUGAGCACCUGCAAUAUACAGUAAUUAAUUUUUAGGCUAAGCUUUGCUGUGCUUAAACUUAUAUUAUUGUUCUUGCCAAUAAGUCAGUGCUUUGCCUUGCUUUAAACUGACCAAGUUUAGCCAUCAUCCUGUGACCAACUUUUAAUACAUUAUAGAAAAUACACAGACAGCUUUCAGAAUAACGGCUUUUUGUAAAUAUGCUUUUAUGCCCUUUUUAAUGGUCAGGAUUCAUUUAUACAGAGAGAUGAACUGGUAUGUUUUAAAGUUGGACAUUGUGUGCAAUCCUACAAUCAUAUUUUGGGAGAUUAUAGACACUAAGUAGCAUCCUAUACAGGCCUACUGUUAAAUACCACAAUAAAAACAGAAUCCUACUGCAAUUAAGAUAAAAUAAUUUUGGUUUUAAUAUUAACAGUUUUUGUAUUAAAGUAUUAAUUGUUACAUUACAGAACAGCUGCAAUAAAUGUUACUAUACUGUGUACUUAAUCUCAUUACUGCUUGUAUUCUAUCAGCCUGCUCUGAAUAUUCGGUCAAUACAGGCAUUGAAAUGAAAUAUGCUAAAACAUUUGACUGUAUUUGAAGGAAACAAGAAUGUAACUACCACAAUGUUUUCUGACCAGUCAAAUAAAAAAGAACAUCAUAAUAAAAUGUGUUGUUUUUUUUUUUU